UUUUUUUUUUUUUUACAUGAUGGACGAAAUUCCUGCCAUUUUUUUAAAAAUUGGAGCCUGGCGGCGCGCGGCCAGAACUCGCGCAUGCUAAUUGCGUUUUCCCUCUCUGAAAUAUACACGUGGUUCAAUCGAGUUCGACUGAGAAUCACAUGAGAACACAAGAAUUCAGUACAGCUUCUCGAUCUAGCAUAAAUUCAUGUUUUUCUAUGAAAGUUCCCCUCCCCAUUGAAAGGCAGUUUUCUUUUCUUCUGUUCUGUUCUCUUUUCUUUCCUUUUCUUUGCUAUUGUUUGUUUCUUUAAUUUUUAAAUAAUUGUUAAUAAUAUUGUAUUUUACCUGUGUCCACAAUUAGUGCCGUUGGCGCUAGAACGACCAGACACUUCAAUAAAGGAUAUGUGUGUUCCUCUCUCUCUCUUUCUCUCUGUUACUAUUCUAAUAGAUCGAAAUUGGCCUACUCUAAAUCCGUCCGUGCAAUCUAUCUCUGACCAUGUAUGCUUGUAAAUGCUUAGUUCUCGACUGCGUUACCUUACACUCCGCAUUAUGUUGAAGAUCAAUUGCAGAAUAGUGUAAAUGACUUGCAAAUUUUGUGGGACUAGACUGCAAACAAUUUCUUCGUAUUUUGUCUCGUUUUUCUCUUCAAAUGUUAACAUAAAACGUGCGAUUUGGGAGGCGUCAUAAAGCGCCCAUAAACGUGCGCCUCAACCUUAUGCGCUCUGCGUCUCGCGCCAGUCUUGCUCGCAAUUUUCACGCUAAUCCGCUUUGCCUGACGAACCCCAAGAUGUUCUGCAGUCUGUUAUGCUUUAGGUCAUCUUUAAGGCUUUUAAUUUCCCCCAACAGGGGAAUUGUCAGGCAGGGUGGAAUUGAUUAAUCCAUUGGUGGAAUUAACCCAGCCUUCAGUGUUCCUAACUACAGAUUGCGUUCAAAAUUUUACUAGGCAGAAUUUUGUACAUUAAAUUAAAAGUAACGAAUGUUUGUUCUUGAAUUGUAUCCACCAAAGUUUUUCUGUAUAUUCAAAAUACUUAAAAUUACUUAAAUACCUGCAGUAUUGUCUAUGUACAUGUAAACGCUUUCCGCUGGGCAUCUUGGUUCAACAAUGAUCCUCCAAUAACCGUUUUUCUUUUGUCCAAUAAUCUCUAUUAUGAAAAGCCUGCUGCCUAAAGAGCUCAGAGUUCUAUUUCAAUCUUCUGUCUUAUCCGUUUGAAAUUUUUCAUGCGUUCCGCAAAUUUGCUUUUCGAGUUUUCUGAAGAUACGAGUUCAAAGUAACGAGCAUCACUUCGAAAAUCUUUCAUUUUUCCGACAGCCGAGGUCUUUACAAGCAACAUGUCAAAGGGUGUACUUCGCGCAUAAUACAUCAUGUAAGCGGGUAACUAAAUAUUUCCCAAAUUUUCAUUGUGAAUCAUUGCGUGAGGUAAUGUACCUAAGUCAAUAUUUUCAAACCUCCCCUCAGGCAAUCCAAAAAAACGGAACCGAAAGUGCUGUGCCAUUGCCAUGAAAACAGUGAAACAGUGGAAAACUGGUCAGUUCACGAAAUUUGUGUACAGCAUCUGGUAGGUAGUUAAUAAUUGAGUUCAAUCAAGACCUGAAGCAAGGUGUAUGCCUUGUAAGUCUGCAUAAAUACAACAAUCAAUAGAUGUCAAUAAAGCCCAUUUCUAAUUGACCCUUUUGUUCCGAAGGCUUGCUAAUAAUGUGAGCUGGAAUCCGUGUAUUGUCGAAUUUUUGACGGCUUUUGUACUUUUUUAUUGGCUUGGCCGUCAGAAACACGCUUAGUCUUUGACUGCACAAAAUUUGGAGCUCCUCCAUGCGUUAAGAAUGUCAGAUUAUGAUCUUCUUUUCGCCUGAAUUUUAAGAAGCAAAACAAACAACUUGUAAAACUUUUCACAUCCAAAAAGCGUCGAAUGAGUUAUUACCCUUAAGCGGAAACACCAGUUUGUGUGAACGUACUAAAACACCUAACACAAUACGCAAUAAAGCUGUUUUCAUUGUUAAACAUUUCAGGCUCCUUUCUUCGUAUACCAAAUUUGCAUUUCUUGCUUGGGCAACAAAGCUCCACAAAUUUGCGUAAAUCCGGCGCUAUUGGUCAGCAAUGUGUGUUAAUUAUUUAAGCUGUUAAUUGCACCACUUUCGGCUUAUGAAUGUCUCACGUCACAAAGGCAAGCUUCAAUGCACUUCAAUGAAAUAUUAAUGUUUUAAAGCAUUUUAAGUUGUUGCUUCCUAGCGAUGAAACUCUAUCUCGUUUACAGUCGUUUGUCCGCUCGGGAAUCGCAUAUUCACGACGACUACGGUGUUUAUUUUUAAAAAAUAACGAGACCAUGAGAGUUUUCGUGCUGUUUGAUGGCACAAGAUACCUACUAGACGUAGAAGUUGGCCAGACUGUAAGCGAUAUAAAGAGCAUCCUUCGUAAGAAACUCGAUUUGGACACGGUACAGAACGAAGAUGGCGAGAACGAUAUGCUUAUGGCGAUCAACUACGCCGGAUCAAACAUGGAAGACGACUGGAUUUUUACGGAUAUCAGCAUUCCACCUGGCGCGACGCUUCGAUGUGAACUGCAAGAAAACGUUAAAACGUACCUCAAUGUGAUUUGUUCGCAUUCGAACGAAACGCUUAGAUUUACAGAAUGGUUUGACGUGUGGGAGACGACAGUUGGUACUCUAAAAACGAUGAUCACAGAAAAAACAGGAUUACACGUCAGUGUUUUCCGUCUCGUGUCCGCCGAAGGGAAAGAGAUGUAUGACUGUCAUCCGUUGAAGAAAUAUUCCAUCGAUUACGGAGACACGGUCCGUUUGGAAACGUGGAAUGGCUGGAGCGCGUUUCUGCAAUCCUCAACGUUGGGUCAACUCACCCCAACCAUGAAACACAUGGUAAGCAUACACGAUGACCCGCUAGUGUUUAAGUAUCAACUUCGCGUCGCGUUGUUCAUCGCGGCUCAUUUCAACUACACUCAACUCGCUGCUCAGUUGAUCAAAAGCGGUGCGCGCUGCGACGAGCCCGUCGGCGAGCAUCCAGUACGAGAGUGGUGUAACAAGGACGCCGUACACCCCGAUCACUUCAAAACCCCAGCUCACGAGGCAGCCCAGCACGGCAGCCUCAACUGCUUGCAGAAGUUCAUUCAUCAUAACUACGCCUGCAUCCUCGCCAAGGACGGCAACGGUCUGACACCGUGUAAUAUCGCACGCAGGUACAAGAAAACCGAGUGUUUUAAGCUGCUUAUUGCCGAGCAGUUUCGCUCUCGAAGCACGUCCGGUCUCACACUGGGUAUAUAUUGGCGUGUUAGGAAAUGGUGUGAGCGCGCAAGAGAUCGAGCUAUCGUCUUUCACAAGCAUUCACCCAACCCGCUUCUUCUAGCAAUGGAAAACAGAACUUAUAGGAAUGCAGUGGUUGGGCAAAAGGUACAAAUUGAUGGCUUCGGAGAAAAUAUGCAGGCUGGCACCUCGAAAUUACAGCUUUCGUUGGCACUUAAAAGUGUGAAAAACAAACCGCCGACAGGUGCAGCUCUGACUUCAGCACAGGAAGAUAAAUAUGGUAAUUCAGUAACGGGAAGCGGUGAGAUUCAGGGUUUAAAUAAAAAUGGCGAAAAAGACGACAAAGCUGAUUCGGGGAACUGUUCAAGUGAAUCGAAUGAGGAAGCGAACAACGACAAGUCGACUUGUACUAACUGCUUGCUUCCGUCUGUUUCGAAACAACGUUACCAUGGCGAAAUAUCGAAACUUGAAACCACCAUGAGGGACAAGUUGCAAAUUAAGAAUGCGAAUCGAGAGCAACGUAGCGCGUUUACGAACCAGUACAAAGCAUACAGGUGGAAGGAGCCUUCAGACAAAGGCGAAGAAGAAAUCUUGUGUUUUUGCCAGUCGCACAAAGAAAAACAAACGAGCGGCGAAUCGCGAAAAGAACUUCGCGAGAGUAUGCCACUGAUUUCAACAAACACCAGCUUGGUUGGUGUAAACAAAAGCGACAAAAAUAUAGAUAUUCAAAUUUCCGAUGAUUUUCAGAGUUCGAAUAAACGUGACUUUUUUGUCACGCAAGAAGUCGCGGUGAGUUCGGAAAGGCGAGGCAACAAACCUGAAAACACGAAAAGGGAGGAAACAAAUAACGCAGAGAAUAAAACCACUGACAAGAUACCACCAAUUAAACCUCGAGGAGAUGAUUCGAGUGUCAAUCACUUGAGAACAGACGAUUAUGUUAAAACAAAAUCAAAAUCCGCCAAGAGUUCAAAAAGCGACGGAGCCCUGGUCUAUAAACAACGCCGAAGAACCCGUUCCCUUUACACAACGAAACGUCUUCACAGCGCCAAUCAGCGCCGUAGAGCUGCGUCCAGCGAGGAUUUGAGCCUGCAGUCAACCCGCUUGUACAGCAGUGUCACUGGACAAGACAUGCACGAGGCAGCGAAAGAAAGCAUGGGUGUUGCAAUGACUUUCAGGAAGAAACGCUGGCUUCAACAAGUUCACAUGGCUAUCGAGCUGAAUAAUAACACCUUUAACAGACAACUUCAUCGGUACAGAGAAAAAUACAAAGCAGCGCACGUCGUGGGAAAAUGUAAUUUUUAGCUCGGAACAACUGCAUUAUUUAGGUACGUCUAAAGGCGAAAUGCAACUCUGUCUAAUUGCUCAAGCUAAUAUGGUUGACGUACGAAUAUUCAGCUACUGAAAUUUGUUUCGGUGGUCAACUCACCCUAAAAGUUAAAAUGUUACUCGUUCUGCACCAAAAGUCUUUAAUGUUUCCAAUUCAUCAACGAAUUCUAUGACGUAUUUCUUUAAGAAUUCAUGAUAUUAAAGAAUAAAAAAAAAUUGAAAUAUGUUUUGCUAUAGCUGCCGAGUUAAAAAUUGUUAAAGAGUUUAUUUCAGAGCCAAUUAAUCUUUUAAAAGUUCAGAAUGAAUAGCAAAAAGUUAAGCUUUCUAAAGGCUUGUCAAAACGGAGUCGUAAGUGCAUGGACGUGCGUCACUGUUUGGCCUUAAGACUUACCAACGCAACGAAAAUAUUUCAUUUUUAGUUUUUGUUACUGGAUUAUUCCAAAUACCCCUGGAAAGAAAAACGUGUGUAUCAUGAAGGUGGAUUCGCCGAUAUAAGCACACUAGUUUUAUUUCACAAAACUCAGUUUCUGACGGUAUAGUCAAUAAAUUAGGCUGAAGUUAAACUAUUUUUAAGUGUUGCCAAUUCAUCAAUUCAACGAAGUAAAGUUUAAAAAUAAAGACAUAAACUUGUGUAUUUUUGAAUAUAUUAAGUAUUUUGUCUUCUUUUGGGAGAGGCUGAAAUCGAGACUAUUGCAGCUUAGAGUUUAUUUUAAGAGAAUCAGUUAGAUUUUAUAAGAAAUAUAUUAAACAGUCUACAUUAUGUCCACCAUUAACAUUUGACAGAUCUUAACACGAGAACAACUGUGUAGGCGCGAAUAAACGAAGGAUAAAAACUGUGAACGGAGUGUUUCAUUCAAAGGAAAAUACACUUUCUAACAAUAAAGCUAAUGAAGUGAAUAUAGAUUGUCUACGGCUUACCUGAUUUGAUAACAAUCAUGUAAAUUGCACUGGAAGGAAAGACAGGUGUCUAAAACAAAGAACACAUACACUGCCUUUUAAUCGUUCUGUUUUUCCAUCUGCCCCUUUAUUUUCAAGUCGCCAAGUGAGGCCCCGAUCACACUGCGCUGGAGAAAUUUGAAAACGGAGGUUUCAAUCUGAAAGCGCAUCA